UUACGAUCCAUACAUUUUAUGCGAUCAGGAAGUUCUCAUAAAAAAUAUGGACUACGUAUAGGUUAGUAUAUAAUUAGGUUUUCAGGGUGCUGUGAGGACACGGUGAUUGUGAGGGAGCCCCCCACGCUCCCCGCGACCCCCGCCAACAGGAUCAUCGGGGGACAACCCACCACCGUCAAGACAUACCCUUACAUGGCGUAUUUAAGUUCAUUUUUUACGAUGCGUGGUCAGAAGCCGCUGCUGGGUAACUGUGGGGGCGUGAUACUCACACAGCACCACGUGCUCACCGCUGCGCACUGCUGCUACUUAAUUAAAAAAAUCAAUGACACUACAGCUGCUACUGGCACUGCCAUCUUGAGGGCAUCUAAAGUUGUCAUUCGCGUCGGAUCUACCUACAAUGACCGCGGAGGCUCAGAGCAUGUGACGUCCAAGUUCGUGGUUCACGAGAGCUAUACCUUACCUUUUAACGACGUGGCAGUGUUGGUGCUGUCGGACAGUAUAAACAACUACCGGAGCAGCUCGGUGCAGCCAGCCGCCAUCCCCCCGGGGGGGUAUGUGGUCCCGGACAACGCGUCUGUGGUAGCUGUCGGGUGGGGACUGACUGAUAUGAACUGCAGCAAGUCAAGCCCCCUCGGCCUGCGGCACGUGGGGCUGCGCAAGGUGGACCGAGACACCUGCGCCGCGCGUUAUCCGAGAUUUUUCUCAUACAACAACAUGCUCUGCGCGGGGCUGCUUGGUGUUGGAGGAGCUGGUACUUGCAAGGGUGACUCAGGUGGUCCCUUGGUGUACAACGGGGCGGUGGUGGGAGUGGCCUCGUUUGUUAGGACAUGCAACGAUUCCUUCUACCCUCAUGUGUUCACGCGCGUCGCUAGCUACACCGACUGGAUCAACAACACUGUUAGUCAAAACCAGGUUGUGGUUGUGGACAAGAACAGUCACAACACCGCCGUGGCUGCUGACGUCACCAGGUUGAUGCUACUCGUCUUCGCAACGUCAAUUUGGAUUAUGUAUUCCAAUGUCUCAUUAUUUUUUUAAGUAAGUAGCUACCGAUGAUA